CUCUCUAUCCAGCAGCAUUCUAAUGCUGUGAACCCAGGAGGUGGGCGGGGCCAUUGCGUCACAUCCGGUCUGGGCAGAAGCCGGUCUGGAAGUUUCCAGGUGCUGGCGGAGCUGGGAAGGUGGACGGGGGAAGUGACUGGGACAUGGAGCAUGAGGACCUCUCUGAGGAUGGGGAGCAACGUGCCCCCUCUGAAAGAAAGGACAGCGAGCAAUCUGUACAGGAAUCCUUGCUAUCUCUUGGUGGUAAUGAAGUAAAGAGUCGAGCUAUUGUAAAAUAUUCAUCGGCUCCACCCGCUACAGCAUUUUCACGCCUUCAGGAACAGACUGAUUUAAAACUUCCUCCUGCCAAUUGGCUGCGAGAAAAUGCCAAACUCGGGCCUACAAUCCUCGGUAGCAGCAAAAAAAGCAAACCAUUUUCAAGCUUUGGGAUGGCUUAUGAUUUCAUUGAGACUGUUGGGAAGGAAGUUGAUGUGGUGGCUGAUUCCGAGAAUAUAAAGAAGCUCCUGAAAAUUCCAUAUAGCAAAUCACAUGUCAGUAUGGCCGUACAUCGCAUUGGAAGGACUCUGCUGCUGGAUGAGUUGGACAUUCAGGAACUCUUCAUGAGAUCUUCACAGACUGGGGACUGGACAUGGCUGAAAGAGUUUUAUCAGCGGUUGAUGGAUCAAAAAUGGCAGAGGAAGAAGAAGAGUAAGGAGCACUGGUAUCAGAAAGCCAUUCUCUCAAAGUUCCUUUAUUACAGUAUUAAUGGUGAUGACACAGCAGAACCAGUUCCCUCUCCCCAAAAUGAACCCAGGGAAGAAGAGAAUUUAGGCACCUCAACGGGAGCUGAACAUGUUGCUUGGCCUGCUCCUUUCGAGAGCUUUUCCUCUGUAUCAGAAGAUGGCGGAGCUUCUAACCAGGGUCUUAAAAAUGAUUUUGUUAGGAAUAUUCUGUGGACCUUUGAAGAUAUCCACAUGUUAGUGGGCUCCAACAUGCCUAUAUUUGGAGGUGGACGAUAUCCUGCUGUAAGCCUGCGUCUCAGGGAUAACAAUAAACCAAUCAAUGUACUCACUGGAAUUGAUUAUUGGUUGGACAAUCUGAUCUGUAAUGUUCCUGAACUUGUCAUGUGUUUUCAUGUGAACGGAAUUGUUCAGAAAUAUGAGAUGAUCAAAACCGAAGAUAUUCCAAAUCUAGACAAUUCCAACUUUUCUACCAAAGUGAUCAAAGACAUUGCCCAGAAUAUUUUGUCAUUUUUGAAGUCAAAUUGCACUAAAGAAGGUCACACCUACUGGCUGUUCAAAGCCAGCGGAAGUGACAUUGUUAAACUUUAUGACCUCACAACCCUGUGUGAAGAAACUGAAGAUAAAUACCAGAAUCCUUUCACCAUGCCAGUAGCCAUCCUUCUUUACAAAGUAGCAUGUAAUAUGAUGAUGAAGAAAAACCAAAAUCGUAAGCACUAUGGAACCAUUCGAACCUUAUUAUUAAAUUGCUUGAAGCUGGUGGAUAAAGGGAGGCACCCACAAAUCAUUGCUUCUGCAAACUACAUGCUUUCAGAGCUCUUCCAGCUGGAUGAACCAAAGAAAGAAGAUGGUGGAGAUACACAGUCAAAUGGGAACUCUGAUGAGAGUUACAGUGAAGAGGAGGAAGAAGAAAUGGCUGACAGUGAUGAAAACGGUUCUUACAACUCUGCCUCCAACUUGACAGAGGACUCUAAAGCUGUCGCUAUUAUUAAAUCCGUCAGGGAACUGUCUGUUCCUGAAAAGUAUAAAUCCACUCAUCAAAUAAGGCCCAGCUGCACGUUUCCGGUCUGCAGUGACACAGAAGAACGCUGCCGUUUGGUGCUAAGCUAUGUGCUUGAGGGUUUAAAAUCCAUUGACAGUAGUAUUAAAAAGGAAGGGGAGCUCCCUGCUGCUGACCCCAACACACCAAUUCCCCUAAAAUAUGAGGAUGACACUGAAGGAGUGGCUUCAGAGUGCUUGGAAACACAGAUGGCACUAUUCCUACACAAAAUGGGAUCAUCAGAUAAUAAGUGUUCCAGUCGAUCAGGGAUUGUCCCGGGUGCCUGGCAGUUUAAGAUGAAGCUCCAGCUGAUUCUCAAAGCCUCCAAAGCCUAUUAUGUGCUCUCUGAUGCCGCCACGAGUCUGCAGAAAUAUGGCCGAGCAUUGAGAUACAUCAAGCUGGCUUUACAUUGUCAUGAUUCUUACAGUUGUCUGUGCACCGGCAUUAUCCCUGAUGUGAUGCUCCUGUUGUGUCAAUAUCUCACUCUCUGCGGGGAUAUACAGUUAAUGCUGGCCCAGAAUGCAAGUAACAGGGCUGCAUACUUUGAGGAAUACAAUUACCAAACCAGAGAUGAUCAGGAAAUCCUACACAGCCUUCACAGGGAAUCUAGCUGCCAAGGAUUUGCCUGGGCUACUGACUUAACCAAUGACCUGGAGUGUCAGCUCUCGAUUAGCUGCAAGUGCUAUGAAGCAGCUCUGGAGAUCCUGCUGUUUGCAAAUUUACAGACCCACAACCCAGACCAGCACACACAGGUGCUGAAAAGGCUGGGUAACAUCAGAAACGAAAUUGGAGUGUUCUUUAUGAAUCAAUCGGCAGCAAUCCAAUCAGAAAGACUUGCAAACAAAGGGGUUUCAAGUGCAGAGCAAGAAUUGUGGAAGAAAAGUUUCUCCUGUUUUGAAAAGGGAAUUCUUAAUUUUGAAUCUAUUAAGGAUACAACGAACAUUGCCCUACUGUUGUGCAACAUGGGGCGUCUGAUGCGGAUUUGUGCACAAGCUCACUCUGGAAGUGGGAAUGAUUCAAGUCGAGGGGAGUUCUCCCCAGAGGAGGCGUUGUACUAUAAUAAGGCUAUUGAUUAUUACCAUAAAGCAUUAAGAUCGUUGGAGAAAAGGGAGGCUCAUCAGGCAGUUUGGGAUUCUGUAUAUUGGGAAUUGUCAACAACCUAUUUUACUAUGGCUACCCUGCUGCAAGAUUAUGCUCCACUCACAAGAAAAGCACAAGAGCAGAUCGAGAGAGACGUUUCUGAAUCCAUGAUGAAAUCUCUGAAAUACUGUGAUGUGGAGACCGUCUCUGCCAGGCAACCCUUGUGCCAGUAUCGGGCAGCCACCAUUCAUCACAGACUGGCAUCCAUGUAUCACAGCUGCCUUAGGAACCAGGUGGGCGAUGAGCACCUGCGGAAGCAACACCGGGUAUUAGCUGAUCUACAUUACAGCAAAGCCGUUAAGCUUUUCCAGCUUUUAAAAGAAGCUCCAUGUGAGCUGCUUCGUGUGCAGUUAGAGAGAGUAGCGUUUGCUGAAUUCCAGAUGUCUAGUCAAAAUAGCAAUGCAGGAAAGUUAAAGACCCUCUGUGGAGCUCUGGAUAUUAUGAUGAAAAACCGCUGUGCGUUUGUUGUUCUAGAAAAGGAGCUUGCGUCUGAGCAGGGAGCCGAGGCUUCGAGGGAGAAAUCAGGAGAUUCUUCGGGUAAUCUCAACAAAGAAGAAGUUCUAAAACUCGUUGAUAUUUUUGAGUCUCGCUUGUCUUACCUGCUUCUCCAGUUUAUCAAACUAAUGACCACCUCCAAAAAGAAAAACAGUAAUGUUGCUGAAGAGGCAUCUGUGAAAACCCACAAGCAAGUUUAUUCCAGUCUUCUCCGAGCUACUGCCAGUAGGAACGCCACGCUGCCUGAGAGAGUGAGCCUCUUAAUACAUUUACUGGACCAGCUCACAGCUAAGAACGAAACGAAUGAAACUGUCAUUCAGUGACGCAUUAUUGUUUGGGUGAGAAAGCGGAUGCUGUGCCUUGUUAAACCUGGGACUGGUGGCUGCUCUGUUACACUUGCUGCACUAUUUUGUCUGUGACUAAUUCAAUCAGUACAUGCAGGGAAGGCAAGAUAAUCUCAGAUAAACUACAUCCAGUGCCCUUUUUUCUAUUUAGAAAAAAAAACUAAAAUCUUCUGCUUCUCUGGAAUAGAGAUCAUACUAUAAGUUAAGAUUUUUAAUUUUUACCUCUGCACAUUUUCCAGGUGGAAUCCCAGAUCCCCAAAGAUUUAGUGGCCGCUGGUGCGGGAAUAGCUGUUACAAUUACACGUUAAACUUUUUUUUUCUUCUUCUUUUUUUCCCCAACGGUUCCUUUUCCUUUUACUGAAUAGCCAAGUAACCUGGGGAAUACUAGAGUAUCUAUUCACUAAACAUUGUGUUGUCAAUGUUUGGGUGUAGAGAAUGUCCAUGAUUUUGGGAUUCUGGCAUACAAUGUAGCCAGUUUGGCUGUCCACAUACAUGGCAUCUCGCAAUGAAAUGGUUAAAUCCAUCUCCUCUCCCGCCUCUGCUUGCUAUUUAUGUCACAUUUUCCUCCGUUGACCUUGUAUAAGAAUAAAGCCUGUACCAUGCUGCAUUUUGCUGCAGUCUUCAUAGACAAAUUUAUGAAAAAUGUAAUGCACAUGGUGAAUGGGGAUUUUUUUUUUUUUAAAUAGAAGUCCUUGCUGGUAACAAGGAAGUGUGCAAGCUCUCAGUGCUGCUAGGUAAUGCCCAAUUCCACAGCUUACCUUUAGGGGGAGGGCUUGGGUCCUUGGUGCUAAUUUGGGGAGAUGAGAUAACUGUGCUGUAAUGCAGCUCAGCUCUCUGUCCCACAUCUUCAAGGCUUUUUCUGCUGGGAAAGACUGCUUGUUUCAUAAAAUAGCCAUUCCCUCAAAGCACCAGACACAAUAAAAUGACCGACACAGAGCACCCAAAUGAGUCUCCUCUGCCACCUAACAAAUGUAGCACCCAUUUACCCGUAAUUAGAAAAUCUUCUUGCUCUCCAACAAUGCUGGACUAAACAAAGAGCAUCAUGGGGGAAUCUUCCAUUGAACCCGGAAGUUGCUUGUCACACGGUGUUCAGAUUUAGUACAGACCAGGCACAACACAGAGUCCUUACCACUGCAAUUCUGAUAAAUGGCUUCACCUGCAGCUUUGUAACACACUUUGUUAAUAUGGUAUUACACUUCUUCCCUUCUAUUUGAUAAUGUGAAUAACUUGUGAA